UAUUUACACUACAAUAUUCGUACAUUGGAUGUGUGCAUACUUGACAUUAAAUACAUACCUACAUACCUAGGGUAGGGUACUGUACAAUACAAUACAUUAGGUGCCUAAGGUAACUUAGAUGUAAUUGGGUAUAUUCAAGUUACAACCAUAUGCAUCAAUCUUGGAAUCAGUCAUACGCCUACUACACAUAGGUACUUACUCACCUACAUACAUACAUACAUACAUACAUACCUCAUAGUACAUUCAUAGCGAGCGCACAGACAAACGCCAUCCAUCUCUCACAUAUCACAUAAGUCAAUACAAAAUCCCCCGCCUUACACCCUUACACAGUUUCAUAUAUCCAAUACAUACCCAAUACCACCCUCCACAACUCUUUACUCGCCUGCAAAGAAAUCAAAACGUAAGCGACAUAUAGCCAAUCAGAAGCCAUGCCGACCACGUCGGACAGAGAAGAUCCUACUGCCGAACCCGGGCUCGGAGCUGUAAGUUCCUUGGGUGGCCUCGCCGCCGUCGUGGCCGAGAACGCUGUGGACGACACCGAGGACCUGCCGGAUGACGACACAGUCGAGGUCAAGAAGACCAACAGUUAUGGCCGCCGUCGUCACAGCAAUCACAAAUAUCACAAGAUCCAUGAGAAGCUCGACUCCUCCUUUCACCCCAACAUUCGUCCCCUGACCAUCUCUGAUCUCGAGAGCUGUGUUGUGCUCGAGAAUGCAGCUUUUACUGAUCCAUCUCAUCGAUGCAGUCGAGAGAAGUUUGAGUACCGCCUCACGGUUAGUCCUGAGCUAUGCCUCGGGCUGUUCUGCACCAUUGUCCCUGAUAAUGCCAAUGGUGUCAAGCUCAGCACAUUCCCGCCGUCACAUCCUGUCGAAACUGGCCGUAAGGAUGGUGCCAGGAGCGUCUUGUUGGCUCACAUCGUAGCGACCAGGACUGAUGGUAUGUUUGUGACUGACGAAGCUAUGGACUAUCCUCGUGAUUUUCGCGUUAGCAAGCACAAUACCUCUGGUCUCGGUCAUAAUGACACUGGGUCAACCGUUUGCAUUCAUUCGCUAGCUGUACAUCCAGAGCUACAAGGGUGCGGCCUCGGAAGGUUGAUAAUGAAGUCCUACCUCCAACAGCUCAAGAACUCUGAAAUAGCCGAGUCUUGCGCACUCAUAUGUCAAAACCAUCUUAUCGCUUUCUACGAGAGAUUCGGUUUCGAGUACCUAGGAACAAGCGGCGCCACGAUAGGCAGUGGGGGUUGGCACGACAUGUUCCUCAAGGUCGACAAUCUUCCCCCGUACUCGAUGAAACCAGGUCGAGGCUGAUUUGUCGAUUGGAAAAAAACUUUGGUUCGGGGCUGGCUCAGCAUAAGUAUUACCGAGAGUCUGACAGUGCUGACGUGGCGGAUGAUGGGCACCACCAAGACUGGACGGGUGAGAUGGGGAAAAUUAGCAUUACAUGUAGCACGGGCAAUACCUUGCGCAUUCUGAUACCCGGAUAUGAACACAUAGCUGGUAUGACGGCAUUUACACACACACACACACACACA